AUGCAAGACGCAGAAAGAGUAACUGUAAAGAAGCCUAGAAAACGUUCCUACCACUGCCAACACAAAUGGACAUACAAAGAUUACCCAGAGUGUCCAAGAUGGCAUCAGACAGCUCUGAGACUGGCCAGCAUUGCAUUGGUUUUCUUGGUGGCCGCAGUGAUAGGACUAGCCAUCCAUGUAAGUCAUCUGAGUGUACAUUCCUUAAGUGAAAAGCACAACGAGGGGAUACUUGGUAAUAAUGAAAGCAGAUGUUGUGGCUGUGUGGAUAUUUCUCCCAGGAAACAACAGCAGGACAAAGUAAACUCCACAGGAAAAUCAUGCCCUGAUGACUGGUUCCAGAAACAAGGGAAAUGUUACAAGUUUUACAUGAACUUUACGUCAUGGCUUGAUAGUAAACUAUCCUGUGCAGUAAGGAAAUCACGUCUCUUAGUGAUCCAAGACAAGGCAGAAUUGGAUUUCAUCCAGAGUAAAAUACAUGAUGGAGUUUACUUUUGGAUUGGAUUGAAUGUUACAGACACACAGAAAACAUGGACCUGGCUGGAUGGCACCCCGUUACACCCACAUCUGUGA